AUGUCGGCUCCACCGCGAAUCCGGUCUGUUGAUUCCGACAGAGAAUUCCGGUCAGUUCUUGGUCCCGCCGGUAACAAGCUACAGCAGAAACCGGUGUCAAAGCCGGUGAAGAAACCAGUGGAUAAUAAAACUAAAAAUCUCAACUUUACGGCGAAGAAAACGCCGCAAUGCUCGCCUCUAAGCCCUUCGAUUCUGAGACGAAACGGAAUCUCGAUGACUGCUUCGUAUUCUUCAGAUGCUUCGUCUUCGUGCGAGUCGUCGCCGUUGAGUAUGGUGUCUACUUCGAGCGGGAAGAGAGUUUUGCGGCGAAAUGGGUCACUCUCUUCCUCUUCUUCUUCACUGAGAAAAAAUCUGACGGAGGAGAGAGAUGAGAAAGCUGGUGGUUCCGGUGAUUGUUUCUCUGAUGGUCGGAAAAGAUGCGCUUGGAUCACUCCCAAAUCUGAUCAAUGUUACAUUGCUUUCCAUGAUGAAGAAUGGGGAGUUCCUGUCCAUGAUGACAAGAAACUUUUUGAGUUAUUAAGCCUGUCUGGUGCUCUUGCGGAACUAUCUUGGAAAGACAUUCUUUCCAAAAGACAAUUAUUCAGGGAAGUUUUCAUGGACUUUGAUCCAAUUGCAAUAUCUGAACUAACUAACAAAAAGAUAACAUCUCCUGAGAUUGCUACCACCACGUUACUAUCAGAGCAAAAGCUACGGUCAAUCCUCGAGAAUGCAAACCAAAUGCGCCAGAUAAUAGUUGAAUUUGGAUCAUUUGAUAAGUACAUUUGGAACUUUGUUAACCAAAAGCCUACUCAGAGCCAAUUUCGGUACCCACGCCAAGUCCCGGUUAAGACUUCUAAAGCCGAAUUGAUAAGCAAAGACCUUGUUCGCCGAGGCUUUCGUAGUGUCAGUCCAACGGUUAUAUACUCGUUCAUGCAAACAGCUGGUCUCACAAACGAUCAUCUAAUUAGCUGCUUCAGACACCAAGACUGCUUAUCAAAGGACGAGACCGGUAAUUAA